GUUAUCCCCGAUUGGUUAAAGAAACAGAAACUCUUUUUUUGUCCGUCCUGUCUCAAACCCAAACCCUAAAGUACUCUCUCCUUCCCUCGAUCUCUGUCCUCUCUUCUCCCUUUCACUUCCCCCCUUUUAAUCAAAUUUGCGCGGGAAAUCUACUAGUUCACAGGAACCAAACCAACCUUUUUUUUUCUCUCCGUUUGAGAGGUGCUGGAUACAGAGCCCCGUAGCUAGAUUUGAUUUCUCCAAACGAGAUCUGUGCUUUGUCAAAAAAAAAACGUGGAUCGUAUUUGCCAGUGAUCAUGCAAAACCAAUCCAGAGCAUUAUAAAAAAGAAAGAUGGAACCUGAACGUACCAUAUUUGGAGCAGGUCCCAAAGAGCUGUGUGGUGCCGUGGAUCUUUUAUCCCAAUACAAACUAUCGCCACACCAUGAAUUCUUCUGCAAGAAAUCACUUGCCGCGUCUCUGUCGGAUUCCCAUUAUCUUCAUAACGUGGUUGGGGACACAGAGAUCAGAAAGGGAGAUGGAAUGCAGUUAGAUCAGCUUAUUAUUCAGAACAUGUCACAGAGCCGUGAGACUAAUAAUAAUACGCGCAUCCAACCUUUUGAUAUGGAUGAGCUUAUGGAGGCUUUCCAGCUCAGUGAUAUGACUCCUGUUGAAUUGCCUCUCGAAGAGAAGGGAGCUCCUACAAUUCCACCCAAGUCGAAAAGUGAGUCGAGAGAUAAGGAGAGGAAACAUAAAAAACACAAGGACAGGGGUAGUAAGGACAAAGAUAGAGAGCAUAAGAAGCACAAGCACAGGCAUAGAGACAGAAGUAAAGAUAAAGAUAAAGAUAAAGAUAAAGAUAAAGACAAGGACCGAGACAGGAAAAAGGAGAAAAAUGGACACCACGAUUCGGGUGAACACUCUAAGAAACAUCAUGAUAAGAAAAGGAAACACGAUGGGGAUGAAGAUCUAAAUGACAUUCAUAGGCACAAGAAAAACAAGCAUAAGAGCUCAAAGCUGGAUGAGAUGGGUGCAAUAAGGGUUGGUGGCUAGAUUGGUAGACAUUCCCAAUUCUGUAUUCUGCAGUCCAGUAGGUGUCACGGAGGAGGUUUAGAAUCACUUUUCAGCUCACUGUAGACAAUAUAUUAGGUUAAUAUCUCAAAAAUGGUGAAUUCUUUCCGUGGAGAAGAAGAAGAAGACGAAGGAAGGGAAGACUUGUGAAGGAGAAGCAAAAUUCAUAUCACACGAUUGAUUUGGUGGCAGCUUUGUAACAUUUUGGUCUUGUGGGGGUGUGUUUUCUUAUUCCAUAUCUUUGAUGUUUUGUAAAAUCAAAUACAAUCUUUAGUCUAUUCAUGUAAAAUAAUUUGUUAUCCAAUUAAUGUUGUUGAAAAAGAUCUGUUAAGUCCAA